AAUUGUCGGAGAGACAUCUUUUAGAUGUUGGAAUCAUUGAAAGAAGUUGGAGUGUAAUAACAAGGGGAGAGACAGUGAUGUGAAUUUACGAAAAUAUUUUUUAUUGUAUUUGGGGGAAUGUCUUAAACAAUUAAAAACAGUAAUGAACUUUUUAUUGAAGGCGGCGAGGGCCGUGGCCAGACCGACCGCGCUGCAGGCCUCCUGUGACGGGCCGUGGCGCAGCCUGCUUGCUGCGCGGGCUCACAGCACCAGCGUUGGCUCCCGGGUCGAGGUCCCUGGGGACGCACAGCAGGCCCAGGCCGGGGAUAAGGAUGAGCUGUACAAGAUGCUGGAGCUGGAGGUGAAGGGCCACGAUGCAGCCGUGCUCAAGAGCUACGAGUGGUUCGUGACGACGGCCGCCCGGGAACUGGACAUCAAGAUCGGCAAGUGCUGGGCGCUACGCAAGCCCCACUUCGACCGCAUGACACUGCUCAAGUCGGUGCACAUCUACAAGAAGCACCGCGUGCAGUACGAGAUCCGCACCCACUACCGCUUCGUGCAGCUGCUGCAGCUGACCGGCUCCACCGCGGACACCUUCCUGGAGUACGUGGAGCGCAACCUGCCCGAGGGCGUCGGCCUCAAGGUCACCAGGGUGGAGGUGCAGCCCCUGCCGGCGCACCUCGUGCCUCCCUGCGCCCCCGCGCCGGCCCUCGCCCCCGGCCCUUAGGGGCCCUUAGGUCGCGUGACUCCAUCUCGGGCCGGCUAGCUCGGUUAGAUAAGGUGAAUUCGAGCAAAAACUUUUGUGGUCAAUGAAAUGAAUGGUGUAUUAGUAUUUUAUUUUUUCUCCAGUCAUGAAGGUUCAAGCCAGCAUACAGUUUCUGAUCGAAAUAUAUAUAUAUAGACACACACACACACACACACACAUUUAUGCCAAUGUGUCUUUGAUUAUUGUGACUAUCUUGCAUUACACAAUGUAAAUUUUGUUGUUUUCUAAGUGUGUGUUAAAGAAUAACAAUUUUACAUAAUUA